GCUCCGUAUGCCUCUGCGGCGGCCUGAGGGUCAUUGUGUUGUGUUGUGUUUGUUUUCUUGCUUUUUUUAAUGAAUGUUUUUAGUUAAAGUGGCGGGUUAGCUGUGAAACUGAAGCCUUGAGUCAACCAGCCGAAUCCAGAAGAGAGAGAGAGAGAUACAGAGUGAGAACGGAUCAGCCUCACUCACAGGGAGUUUCUGAGAUGGAAGCAGCUCACGUCAGCCCAGAGCUUCCUAUUCGAUGGGUUGUUUCUGCAGACAGGACUGUUGAGAUCAAGGAGGAAGUGACUGAGCUGGGGUGCGACCAGGCCAAUGAGCGGAUCCUGCAGGAGGAAACGCCACCUUCUAGCAUCACUGAGAGAGGUACAGAUAUAAAAUGGGUAGGUGCUGGUAGAGGACAAGCAUCAGAAAUGACGUCUGUUCUUAUUAAAGUAGAGGACCCUGAACUGGAACCUGGCCACGUUAACAAAGAAGUCACAGCGCUGGAACCCGUCCACAUUAAAGAGGAGAGUCCCGUGCUGGAAUCAGCAGAAUGGGAACACCUUUCAGGAUCUGAUGUUAGUGAUGACAGUACUUCUGAUGGCAGUGAGAAUGAAGACAUCUGCCCCUCCUCACAGGCACGUGACCCAAGAGACAGAACACGUACUCAGUCUCCUGACACUGUCGGCGAACAACCUCUGACAUCCACAGGCCUGAAAGCACGUCAGAAAAAUGCAAAGCGUUCACUUUUGUGGAAAACCAACCAAAACCAAGUACAUGCAACACCUGAGUGGAGGGACCAACUCCCUCCUGAAACCAGUGUAGCCACCCCAGUAGAAUACUUCAGAGCUUUAGUUGAUGAUAGUCUGCUCACCCACACAGUGCAGCAGUCCAAUCUGUAUGCAAGCCAGACUGAUAACACUCGUCCACUCCAGAUAGACCGGCUUAUCAAACUGCGAGAAAUGUUUGAACAAAUCUGUGACAAGUUAAACAAGAUCCCAAAGGAAAUGUGCCUUUCGGUAGAUGAGCAAGUGAUUCCUUUCAAGGGAAGAAGAAGCGUGAAGCAGUGCAGCCCUAAAAAGCCAAAGCAGUGGGGUUACACAGUGUUUUGUCUUGCUGGGGCUAGUGGGACAGCCUAUGACUUGGAAUUUUAUACAAGACAAACAGACCAUCCAGCUCAUUUGCCAUGUGUCGGUGCCAGUGGAAAUGUAGUGAUUCGACUAGCCCAAACAAUACCACCACAUUGCAACUAUCGGCUCUUCUUUGACAACUGGUUUCGCAGCCCUGAGCUGGAAAUAGAACUAGCAAAAAUGGGCAUCCAUAGUUUGGGUACAGUCAGGCUGCAUCGAAUCCCAAACAUUAAAAUGCCAACAGAUUUGCAUCUAAAGAAAGAAGGACAGGGAUCAUUUGUGGAGAAGACUGUGGCUGCAGAUGAUGUUGAUCUGAAGCUUGUGAAAUGGCACGACAGCAGGUCUGUGCAUUUGCUGAGCACUUUUGCAGGAGCAUAUCCAGACGCGCGUGUCAAAAGAUGGGACAAGAAGACAAAACAGCAAGUUAAUGUAAAGUGUCCAUCUGUUGUGAAGAUGUACAGCAAGUUCAUGGGUGGAGUGGACUUGCUGGAUUCUCUUCUUGCACUGUAUCGAACAAACGUUCGCACAAAGAAAUACUACUUGCACAUAUACUUUUACAUGAUGGACCUGUGCUGUGUGGUGGCCUGGCUUCUGUAUCGCCGUGCCAGUGAUGACUGUGGUGUCAGCUGUAAACAGCAGUUGUCUCUGUUUGACUUCAAGGCAGAUGUUGCACAAUCCCUAUGCUGGUUGGGUAAAGCCAAAAAGAGAGGAAGUCCAAGCGGUAACCCUGAAAAUGAAGAGUCUGUAAAGAGGAGGAAAUUCUCAGCUGUUCCUAAUUUGGAUUGCAGGAAGGAUAAGUUUGAUCACUGGCCUGCCUAUGACAGUAAGGCUGGAAGAUGCAAACAUUCAGUUUGCCAAAAACUCACAAAGGUGAAGUGUCAGAAGUGUGACACGUUUCUGUGCUUUGUCCCGAAUCGGAAUUGCUUUUUUGCAUUUCAUAACUGAGCUUCCAAUAAAAGAAGGCAUUAUGUCAAAUUUUCAAAUGCACGUUCAAAAUGUCACGUUCAAAACAAUGUCCAAAAUGUUGCAUUUUUUUUUAUUUGCUCCACUGUAAAGACUUAAGACUUAUUUAAAUCUGUAAAUAACUUGAUUUAGAUAUUUUUUUUAAACUUUUAUUUCCAAUAUUGCCUCUACCGCACAAUGUAUGUUUGAAAAUACAUGUUCAUAUUUUGAUGGCCAAAAUACAUUAAAAAAAAAAAAAAAAAAAAAAACUGUCCAGAUGUAUGUUUCUAGGACCUAAAUCAAUAAAUAUUCACAAAUUAAACAAAACAUGUAUUUAUUGUGCUGUGUACCAUCGAGGGUUUGCUAAGACGUAAAGUACCAGUCAAAAGUUUGAGUACACCUGCUUGAAAC